CUUUGUAUUUAUUAUAUAACACAAGAUUCCUUUUUCACUCAUAACCCGAGCAUACUAUGUAUCUUCUAUAAUACGCUAUGUUCAGAGUAUUUUGAGUAAAGUCUCACCGGAGCUUUAAUCAACAACCUCAUUGCUCCUCCACCCCCUCUCUUCUUUUUCUACUUGUCUCUGUCUGGACACGUCAGUCACAUAACAGGUAAUGUUACUGUCUCCUCUUUCAUUCCAUAGAAGCACUGAUAACAGCCUCUUUGGUGUCCAUCUCUCUGUCUUCUCACACUCUAUCUGUUUCUCCCUUAAUCGUCUUUAGUAUGGGUUUCCUCAGUAUUUUAUCAUACUCUCACUGCAUUACAGUUGACAAUUCCUUUGUCAAAACGCCUUGUCAUUGUGUUUCCGGUGGUAAUCCACUUAAUUUUAUUUUCAAGGAUGAGGCUAUCCCAAGACGAGGAAGACUUCAGAAAAGAGAAAGUUUCGCCCUGGUUAAGGGGGCAGUGCUCCUGGUGGAAGAGGGAGAGAGGGAGGGAUUACAGGAAGAAACCAUACCCCCUCUACUUGGUCCUAGGCAAGGAGGCCAAGCCUCUGACACUCAGCGCAGACAUUUGCAUGCAAUGAUUUCGUUACUACGACCAGAGGAUACAGUCAAACUGGCUGUGCGUUUGGAGUCAGCGAGCCCAAUCAGAUUGAGAUAUUUGCUUAUAGUAGGCACACUUGACAAAAAACAGGAGAGUCUACUACUUGGCAUGGACUUUCCAGGCCCAAACAGUGAUGAGUGCACUAUUGGCCUUGUCUUGCCAAUAUGGAGUGACACACAGGUUUACCUAGAUGGAGAUGGAGGUUUCAGUGUGACAUCUGCAGAAGUGACACGAAUCUUUAAGCCUGUGUCCAUUCAGACGAUGUGGUCAGUCUUGCAGGCGCUUCAUGGCUGCUGUGAACGGGCCGUGCGUGGAGCUGUCAUACCUGGCUGUGGGCUGGAGUGGGCAAGACAUUACAGAAAAAAUGUGGAAUCUGACCAGCACUGCCUUAAUGAAUGGGGGGCUAUGACUGGCCUGGAGUCAGUCAGGAAGGCCACUGUAGGAAGACCAUCAUCCAAUCGGGAGUCAGUGGAGAGGGAGAUCAAAACCCAGUUACGAGAUAUCAUGAGAACUGAGGACUUGGAAAACAUUACCUCAAAGCAGGUGCGAACAGCCUUGGAGUCCAGAAUAGGCAAAGACAUGAAGGACUACAAGGAGUAUAUUGACAACGAGAUGAUGGUCACGAUGGCACAGAUGGACAAACCUUCCAGAAUCUUGGACUACCUUUACUUGGGUUCAGAAUGGAAUGCUGCCAACUUUGAAGAAUUACACAAGAACAAUGUGGGCUACAUCCUGAAUGUUACCAUGGAGAUUGACAACUUUUUCCCAGAAUGCUUCACCUAUAUGAAUAUUAGAGUUUACGAUGUGGAGGCGACCGACCUACUCUCACACUGGAACAACACAUACAUGUUCAUCAAUGAUGCAAGGAAGAGUGGACAGGCCGUACUGGUGCAUUGUAAGAUGGGCGUCUCUCGCUCUGCCUCCACAGUAAUCGCUUUCCUCAUGAAGCAGCAGGGCUGGACAUUUGACGAAUCCCUCAACCACGUGAGAGAAAGACGGCCUAUAGUGCAGCCCAACGAAGGUUUCGUCAAACAGCUGCAUACGUAUAGUGGCAUCCUCAAUGCCAGUAAACAGCGCCACAGUGCCCUCUGGAGGCGAAAAUCCAAGCCAGAGGUCCGUCAGCCGUCUGUCCACAAUGAAACGGCCACAGGGAGUGAACAUGAACAGAAAGAGGGAGAAGAGGAAGAUUCAGAGAGCCCAGAAGAAGAGGAAAGCAGUGAUGAUGAGGGAACAGAUGUCUUUGAUGAGCAGUUGGAUGAGAGCGUUCCUGAUACGCAUGGGGCAGAGACAGCCACAUCCAACCCACUUAUUACUGUACAAGAAAGUGAUAAGGUGUCAUCCAGCCCCAGCAGAAGUGGCAGGAUGGAUUUGUUUUCUCUUAUGCAGUCUAUUCAGCUUGACGAUGAAGACAGAGACAGGAUCGAUAAAGAGAGACUUUCUCCUGCGCAACGGAGGAGGAGUCAUGGAAGAAGGGGCUUGACUUAUCAGAGAACACAUGUUGAUGUUUCCCCUGAACCAAGCAGCAGGCAGUCACAGAACACACACCAGGAUGAAGCCGGUCUCUGAUGCGCUUAAAAAGGGUUCGUUUUACGAAAUAUGGAGAGGCAGGAAUAAAAAAAAGCAAAAAGGUGAGGAAAAAGAAUACAAAUAGUGAUGCUAAUAUAAAGGACACUCUUGCACACAAGUCUUAUCCUUCUGAUUGUAUCAUUCCAAGUUCUUUGAGGACUCAGAACGAAUCUGUUCAUAUAGUUGCUGUAUUUUUAGGUAAUUUCAUUUGAAGGCAAACAUACACACAAGCACAUGAUUACAGAUUAAUGGUUAGCUUACUAAUUUUCCCUCACCUGUCCAUCUAGCACAAAAUUUCAAAACUGUAGUCAGUUUCAGUUGGAUUGUUGAAAAAUAUUUACAAUGGCUGGUUUCUGUCAGCCACGCUUUAUCAAGUAAGUAUUGAUAAAGGAACUGUUGUCACGUUGUGCCUUUAGAUAUCUCUGUAUCCUUUGCACCUUCAUACUGAGCCAUACAAUUCAGUUUACUUCACUAAUUUUAAGAUGGUAUUAUAGACUGAGUGGAGAUUUUAUGUUUUUUUUUUUUUUUUCUUUUGGCUGUUAUUCUUAUACAGAAACAAUCCUCUCUUAUAGCAUUGUUUCAUGUUGUUCUUAAUAAAUGAAUAAGAGUGUGAUCUCACUCAUUUUAGUCCUAUGCAAUAAUCUACUUUAUAGCUGUUUCCUCUCAUUGAAUGUGAACAUUUUACAGUAUAUUGCCUCUGAAGAUCAGUUGGUGAAAAAGUGUUGAGAAAGCAAUCAAGGAUUGAAUGUUUUAGUAUUCCCAUGUACACUACCGUUCAAAUGUUUGGGUCGGUAAGAUUUUUUAUUUUUUUUUAAGAAAUUAGUACUUUUUAUUCAGCAAGGAUGCAUUAAAUUGCUUUAAAGUGACACUGAAUUUUUUU